AGGAAAGUUUGAGUAAAACUCGCUUAGAUAGUGGUUGCGAGCUAGCGCUAGCCAGUGACUAGUGUCUGUCAGAGUAUUGCGCAGCAGUUGAUACUGGUGCUCGUGUUUGUGCCUGUAGCGAUUAUUUUGAAAGUUGCUGUCAAUUCUGGUUUCUCAAGACAAUUACAAUGGCUGUAGGGAACACAGCUGAAGAUGUGGGUGCCACCACCCAGGGACGGAAGGACGUCUCCAGCCUUGUCACUUCACUUGAAACACUCCAGAUAAAAGAGUCAUCCCCGAAUGCUGUUCCAGAGCUGGAAGAAUCAUUUUCACAGAUAAAUCUUGGCAAGAGGGAUAGUCUUCAUUUGCAAGAGAAUGAAGAUGCAGAGAAUGCAGCACAUCCAUCCUUCCCCAAGAAAGAGGAGGAGGAGGAAAAAGAGGACGAAACAGCCGAAGAAGACGAUGUUCUUUUUGAAGUGAAAGAAACUGCACUGGUAAAGAAAGAAAAAGAAGAUGCAGAGGAUCUGGAAGAUGAAAAAGCCUCUGCAGGAGAUGAAGAGCAAGAUGAAAAGGAAUCAAAUAAGGAAAAUCAAAAUGAAAAGUUGUUGGACAAAGCAGAUAUAUAUAGUGAAAAAAAGGAAGAAUCUGUCAGGCCUAAAGAUGAUACUAAAGAAGAUAUGACACAUUCCACUGUUGUUAACGAAGAGGAUGCAACCUCAAAGAGCGAAGAUGAAGAAUCAAGUGAUGAGAAUUACCAAGAAGUGGUUGUUCUGUCUCGGAAAGAGGCAAGCAACAAGCGAGGUCCAUGUGUGAGAGGUCCAGGAGUGCAAUCUAUGCCAAGCUGUAUGAUGUAUACGGGACAACCAAUUGGACUUGACAAUUAUGAUGUGUCUGCCAACAAUUACAACUUCCCGCCAGUGCAGCAGCAGAUGUGCUCCCCAGGAUAUGUGACAUACAAGUCUCCCCUCUAUGCCUCAUCUCCUGGAUACCAGGACAACUGCCUGCCGGAUCAGACUGACACUGGGUACAUCAUGGACUCACCAUUGUACCAGCCAAAUAUGUCUCCUGCAAGCUCAGCCCUUGAAACUUAUCUUCCAAGCCCCAUGUUGAGUGGAAGUUAUUAUCAGAAUGAGAUCAGUGGAGCAUCUCCAGGUCAUGGCAUGACUUGUUAUGAAUUUCCUGAUACCCCAAAUUCUCUACGGGAUGAUAGUGAAGCUGUGCAAAUGCCACCCUCAGCUACAAGACAGGCUUCUGACUAUGGCCAAGUUUUAGAAAAUCAGUCCUUUGUGUCUGAGCCUAGGAAGGAAAUGGAUAUUGGAAGCAUUUUAGAGGCUAUCUAUAGAGUAGAGAACAAGCCACGGUCAUCACCCAUUCCAGUGGAGGAUUUAGUUGAAAUCACUAAGAACCUGCGAUCAUGUGAAGUUGCAGGCAUACCAAACUUCAGCAACUCUGAAGAUGACCUUGAAAAAAUGCUGGAAGUGGCUCCCUGUCUUCAAAAUAUAGAGGAUAUCAUCAGGUAUUAUCAACAUGUGUUUGCAUCAAGCUCAGCAGAAAAGGAUAUCAAGGAGCACUUGGACCAGAACAAAUUAAGAGAUGCUCGCAUAAAAGCGGCAACUAUUACCAAUGAAAAUUUAGUACUGAAAGAUAUAGAAGGCGACACUCCUCCCAUGAUUAUUGCAUGUGAUGAUAUCAAAAGUCCAUCAUAUUAUGAAAACUUGGUUGCAGUCAUAGAGCGACAGAAGUAUAUUAACAUCUGUUGUGACGUGCCUGUCAAUAAGGUCCACAGGAGGUGCUCUUCUUGCUUGUCAAAUGAUCUCACUUCAUUCUACUCAUCAUUGGCAAUGAAGAACAAUAAGGGAGACACACUGCUUACAUGUGUCAUCAAGCUGAAGUAUCCAGAGAAAGUGGUCAUGUAUAUCUGUGAGAACUUGAUGGCUCGCUCAGCUGAUAUCCUGCGAGUUUUCAAUUCUGAGAGUGUAACAUCAUUUUAUGUGAGGUAUACUGGAGAAUACCCUGUCUUAAAACAGAUGUUGCACCUAGCCCAGGCAUUGAGAUGCAAUCCACACUUUAAACAUUGGACAUGCAGCCAAUAAAUACAACCUUCUACUUAAUAUUAGAUAUAAUAUGAUACAUAAGAAUUAUAUUAUAUUGUCACAUAUUUGAAUUAGAAAAUGAAAUACUCUAAGAUUUGAAGCAUCUAUGAUCAGAAAAUCAUAAUAAGAAGUAAAGGCCUUAAGUUUAUUGUUAUUCAAGAAAUAUUAAAGAUGUCUUGUUUUUUUACAUAAAGAAUCCUUCCUCAAAACAGAUUUUUAUGUAUGCAGUACAAGUAGCAUAGCACAUACACAGAUGAUUAAAAUAUGCAUGAUAUAAGCCAAAGUUUACUUAUGGUCAGCUAUUUCACCUGCUCUAAAGCACCAAAGAUUUUACUUAUUAGCAUUAUUUUGACCAUACUUGCAAGACCAGAGAGGCCUAUGUAUAUCUACCACAGACAAAAGAAAGUCUGAGAAAGAGAAUAAUACCAUACUUGAACUGGCUUUCAGCCUGGUGGACCUUAUGAACUUCUGUUCCUAGACGUCUCAUUCCUUUUUUUUUUUUUUUUAGAGGAUAUGUAUAUAUGUACCUGACUGAACUUAUAUGUAUUAAAUAGAUAAUGGUAGCAAAAUGGUUGAGACAGUUUACUGUUUUUUUCUGGUGACCAAAAGCCCACACUCUGAUUAUAAGCUUUAAAUAAUAGUCUUGUGGUUGCUUUUUUAUCAUUAAUGAAAGUAGUCUUUCUAAAUGCUUUAUCAUACUUAACUUUUCAUUUUUUUAAUUAAUUUCUUAAAAAUGUCAUAUGACAAUUGUACUAUUGUCCUUCAUUCAGGUAUUAUGUUUUUAUUUUUAUGCAAACAAUGACUUUUACUUGGUUUCCUUUGCUUCAAAAAUCAGUUUCAUAGCAUUAGGAACUGAUUUUCUUCUCGUGCACUGUUAGUCCUUUUCAAUAAGUGUCAUGCUAAGAAUUGAGAUUUUUAUUUAGUUCAUCUUUUUUCAGCCCUGAAAAUAUUUCUUAUAUAUUAACUGUAUCCCCUUUAUGUGUAUGGGAUAGAUAUCCCAGUGUGACAUUUAACAUUAUAUUUUUGCCUUUAAGUGUGAAGACAUCAAAUUAUUGCCUAAGUGUGAUUACAUUUCAUAGAAGUAUAAACUGUUCUGAAUAGAACUUUUAAUGAUAUUGCAUCCUAGUGUUAUUUGUCAGUAUGAUACUGCCUGUAUUAACCCUUUGCCGCCGGGUGGUUUCCCGAUGCGAAAGCCCUCUCUCCUGGGGGGUAUUCAUAGUGGCCUGGGCCCCGCUGCUGGGGGAUUGUGUUGGUGCCACAGCAUGCGCGGCAUGACCGUACAUGCCCCACGAAAAUAGGACUGGCGCACCAUGGCACAUAUGCACAUGCCACCCAGAAUAUAGCCCAGGCAUACCAUGGCAUGUGUGUACAUGCCACUCAGCGGCAGGGUUAAUAGAGAAGAUUUUAUCCCUUCAUAGAAAGAAUAAAUAUAUAACAAGUUCA